AUGAAUGAUUUCAAAGAAGUUAUCCGGCAUGAAGGAGUGAAGGAGGGUAAGAAGUUGAGGCUGUUGAAGAACGAUAAAAUACGCUGCAUUGCCGUUUGUCGUGGGUUGGAAAGGAGUAAGAAGCGUAAAGCGGGUUGUCCUUGGAAGAUUACCCUAGCCCAUAGGCCUACUAUUGGUUGCUGGCAGAUUUCAAGGUUGAAGCUAACACACACGUGUAGAGGUUCUUCUUACAACCACGGCUGCGCUAACACCCGGUUCUUAUCCAAGUACUUUAAAGAGGAUAUGCGAAUCUUCCCGGGAAUGACAGUUCUUCAAUUUAUUGAAAAAGUCAAAUGCGAGUUGAAGAUUAACAUAUCCUUUGGAAAGGCACAGCGUGCAAUGGCACAAGCGAGGAAGGUGAUCGAGGGUGAUGUAAUCAGGCAAUACAAGAGGUUGCAUGAUUACAUGGCGGAGAUUAUUAGGUCUAAUUCAGGGAGCACCGUUAAGCUAGCUACGAGGCGGCUGUCAGAUGGGACUGAGAAGUUCUCUGGCAUUUAUGUUUGCUAUGAAGCGUGCAAAACGUUAUUCAAGCAACACUGUAGACGUAUUGUGGGUAUACUAUUGACUGCCAUUGGAUUAGACCCGAACGAUCAGAUAUUUCCCAUUGCAUUUGCCGUUGUAGCCGUCGUGAGUACAGAGACGUGUCUGGUUCCUGGAUUUUUUAGUGAGGGAUUUGGAAAUCAAUGA